AUGCUAUUUAAGCAUGAUUUCAGAAUAGGUGAUCACCUUGGGAAGAGCAGUUACAUUAGGCAGGCGUAUGAAAAGGACCGCACGCAUGAGAUUCGUUCGAUACCAAGGCUGAACGACAGACAUUUUAGCCUAACCUUUGCAUCAAAGAUGUCUGUAAAAUUGGCUGCACAAGUUUUCAGCAACCACUGUGCUGCUGCAAUAUACACCUUGGUCACUUUUCAGCAGCUGCCCGCUGAAGCAAUUUAUACUGCACGAUUUGUAGAAAGGAUAAAUCGUUUGUUUGACUGGCUGAACAGUUCACAGAGAGUGGCAAAUACACCUUAUGCAUCUGCGAUGUGCAAUGGCUCUGUCCAUAGAGAGUUUCUGACGGAAUGCAUUGCAGUAUUUGAAAAUAUGCGAGUAGUGGGUUGUCCGAGGCAGCCGCCUUGUAUACGCGGGUUUUGUUUAACCAUGCGGUCUCUUUUGAUGCUCUAUGAUCAUCCCACAAUGAAUUAUAGAUUUUCUUAUGUUCUCGCCUCGCAAUUAAACCAGGGCGCACUUGAAAACAGCUUUUCGACGAUAAGGUCCAAAUCAAGUGCGAACACCAACACUACAGCUCGACAGUUUCAGGCCGCUUUCAGGCAUCUUUUGAUCAAUGACCUGUUCAAGUUGUCUGAAAACUCUAACUGCGCCGAGGACAUGACAACACUCUUGGCAACUCUUCCUGUCGGCAUUUCGGCACUGUUUCCGGCUCUUGGUAUCGGAAGCACAGUCUUGCUUAGCAUGACAGAUGAUUCUUUCUCGGACGAGCUUUCGGACAUACAGCAAAAUAACCUAGUUUAUUUUUCCGGCUGGUUAGCGGCGAAAUGUUUGCGGUCCCAUUCGUGCGUCGGAACAACCCAGAAAUGUAGCCUGAAGGUAGAAUAUGCGUCAUUUAGCGAGGCCAACAAAGUGCUACUAUAUUUGAGCGUAAAAGGUACUGCGGAAUCUGACUUUGGAAGUCUCUCAGUUCCUUCCCCUCCAUUCGUGUCUUUUGUUGAAGGCUGCGAAAAUGUUUUUCAGGAAGCUAUCGGUAUCCUUUUCUCCAUGGAGAGAGUAGGACAUACGUUGUGUACGCGUCUUCAUGAGAAGGUUGAAAAGACACUCACCGUUUGUGAAGAGGACGUUUAUAAUGCCUUGUUUUGCCUCUUUGCCCUAAUCAGGUUGCAUUGGUUUGCACGAAAAAGAAAUGUUGAAUUUUAA